AUGGAUGUGGAACCUAGAACUUAUACUUUUAAGUUUAUUUUAAUAGGAGAAGCACGUACUGGAAAAUCGAGUAUAAUGAACAAAUACUGUAACGAUCAAUUUAAUGGAAAAUAUAUUGUAUCCACGUCUUCUGAAUUUUGUGAAAAGGAAAUUAAUAUUAACAAUGACAAUGCUAUAAUAGAACUCUGGGCUUCGGGAAGUGAUUGUUGUUUAUUGGUGUGUGAUAUAACAAACAAAAGAAGCUUUGAAACACUUGAAAUGUUAAUGGAUCAAUUCGUAACAGAAGCUCAAAUCAAUGCAACUGAGUUUCCUUUUGCGGUUGUAGUAAAUAAAGUCGACGAGGAAAUAUCGGAUUAUUGUGUUGAAAUGGCGGAAGUUGAAAAGUUUUGUAAAAAUAAGAAAAUUCAAAUGGUUUAUCAAGUUUCCGCCAAAACUGGAUUCAACCUGAACAAAUUGUUUUUGGAUAUGGCAACUAAAUUAAUCGAAAAUUGUGUUAGCAAUGAAUAA